UCAACCUAAUAGCUCAACACAAGUCGAAUAAUUAACUCAUACUUAUCACUUUUAAUUACUAUCAAAUACUCAAGUUUGGAACUUCCUUUUAGAAAAGACUGAAAAUGGCAUCUCAUGAUCAGAGUUACAAGGCUGGUGAAGCUACUGGUGUCGCUGAGGAGAAAGCUAAUCAAAUGAUGGGCAAGACUAGGGGAGCAACAGAUGCAAUGAAGGACAAAGCCCAACAAGCAAAAGACAAGACAAUGGAGACGGCCCAAGCUGCAAAAGACAAGACAUCUGAGAAGGCCCAAGAUACCAAAGGCCGGGCCCAAGAUACAAAGGACGAGGCAUACGGGGCAGCCCAAACCACCAAGGACAAAGCGGCUAGUGCGGCCCAAACCACCAAGGACAAGACUGCAGGCGCGGCCCAAGCAACCAAGGACAAGACUGCAGGCGCGGCCCAAGCAACCAAGGACAAGGCGUAUGGGGCGGCCCAAGCCACCAAGGAAAAGGCCUCUGAAAUGGCUGAGGCCGCCAAAGAGACGGCCCAAGCCGGUAGCGAAAAGACGGGUGGGAUACUACAAAGGACUGGUGAACAAGUGAAGACCAUGGCUCAAGGUGCUGCUGAUGCUGUUAAGAAUACUUUUGGAAUGGGUGAAACUGGUGAGGAUGACCCAACUCACCCAACUAGUACUACUACUACUAGGACUACUAAGACUACUAGGCCAUAGACUAGAUAAUCUAAUUGUCUGUUGGGCUUUUGUAUUUGUGGGCUUUUUCUGUUUUGUUGUUAAGUUUUUUGUGGUUUUGUUGUUGGAUUGUGUUUUGUAUUUGCUUUUCAGCUGGGCCCAUCUUGGGCUUGUAAGAGUGACACUUUUUUUUGUCACUUUUUGGGAAUUAGGGGUGUGAUUAGUUUGGUGAAUUUUAUUAAGAUCCCCUUUAUGAAAGUAUAAAUGAAAAAAAAAAACAUGUUUUAGAUUUUA